AACAGGCACGUCUGCUGCUGCGCUCAAAAAUAGACCGUCCACGUUUGUUUCCUUUUUCCUUAGCGGCUAGUGAAAUUCGUGCGGAAAAAGUUUACCGGUCGCGUAAAAAUUGAAAGUUUUGCUUGUUUCGGUGAUUUUUUGCGGUGGAAAUCAGUUCGUUUUGCAGCAAACAUGCCCCCGAAAAAGAUCCUAGAGCCGGAAGUGAAACCGCUGAUUGGCCGCAUCGGUACCAACCUGCGCAUCGGCAUCGUCGGUGUGCCGAACGUCGGCAAGUCAACCUUUUUCAACGUGUUGACCAAAAGUGCAGCUCCGGCGGAAAAUUUCCCCUUCUGCACCAUCGACCCGAACGAGAACAGAGUUCCUGUGCCCGAUGCUCGGUUCGACUACCUGUGCGAGUAUCACAAACCCUUGAGCAAAGUUCCAGCCUAUCUGAACGUGGUGGACAUUGCCGGUCUGGUGAAGGGUGCCGCCGAGGGACAAGGCUUGGGCAAUGCAUUCCUGUCGCACAUCAACGCAUGUGAUGCCAUCUUUCACCUGUGUCGUGCUUUCGACGAUCCGGAUGUGACCCACGUCGAGGGUGAGGUGGACCCGGUGCGCGAUCUAGCAAUCAUCUCCGAAGAGCUACGGCUGAAGGACGAGGAACGACUGAUGGUCUAUAUAGACAAGGUUGAAAAGCUGGUGAUUCGUGGCGGGGACAAGAAAAGCAAGCCGGAAUAUGACACCCUGGUCAAAGUGAAGGAAGUGCUGGUGGACGAAAAGAAACACAUUCGUUUCGCGGACUGGAGCGCUCACGACAUCGAAGUGCUGAACAAGUAUCUCUUCCUGACCUCCAAACCGAACAUCUAUCUGGCGAAUCUCUCCGAGAAGGACUUUAUCCGUAAGAAGAACAAAUGGCUUCCGAAAAUUAAGGAGUGGAUCGACAAGAACGAUCCGUGUGCCUCGUUGAUCCCAUUCUCCGGACUGUUCGAGCAUAAGCUGGCCGAGAUGGAAACGGAUGCGGAGCGAAAGUCGUUCGAGGAAGAAACCAAAUGCACCUCGAUGUUGGAACGAAUUAUCACAACCGGAUACAAGGCAUUACAUUUGGAGUACUUUUUCACGGCCGGACAGGAUGAGGUUAAAGCCUGGACGAUUCAGAAGGGUACGAAAGCUCCGCAGGCGGCGGGUCGUAUUCAUACCGAUUUUGAGAAGGGAUUCAUUAUGGCUGAAGUGAUGCACUACAAUGAUUUUAAGGAGGAGGGUAGUGAGGCAGCUGCCAAAGCUGCUGGGAAGUAUCGACAGCAGGGACGGAACUAUGUCGUCGAGGAUGGUGAUAUCAUCUUUUUCAAGUUUAACGCCGGUGCCGGGUUGAAGGAUGCCGCCAAGAAAAAGUGAUAUCAACAGUUUGCAACGGUCAUCAUUGUGUUUCUCUAUCUGAACAUGAUAUUCUACUCGCAGUUGUUUCUUCCGCAGUUACAGUGAGGGAGAGACAGAGAGUGGGUUGCAUUUUUUGAAUAACUCAUCGAUUGGAGGAGGACGAGCAGAUAGUUUCUAUGGGAACACAUUCAAACACUCAUCGAACUUUGAAAAUGCCCGUUACACAAGACAUACAAUAACAAUAUCCAUUUGUAACAAGACAAACACAUAAUUGUGAAAUGUUUAAAAAACUAAGCUAAUAAAUUAUUUGUUUUGUGUAGCUGUUUA